AGGACAUUGAUAUUAUUAGUGAAUCAGAUGAUACCUCUAAAAAUACAGAUAAUUAUCAACAUGGGCACCUACCUCCAAUCUGCAUUGAGAUCUAUCAUGGAAAAACUUUUGGAACUUGGAAAGAAUAUCAAGAGAUAUUAGAACAUUACGCAUGUUAA